CGUCUGCUGCCGGUUUCUGUGGCAACUAGGCGCCAUCCGAGUUUUCAACUUUUCAAGCUGAUAACUUGCUUGACGUUUCAGGCAUUUUUAAAACGUAUAUUGUUACAAAAUGGAGAAUAAAGAUCGAAACGAUGGUUCGAGUAACAAGAACAAUGAGAAUAAAACACCUUUAACAGUCGAUCAAAUUAAUUCUGAUCGAAUCACACAGGUUGCAUCAAAAUACUGGGCACCACAAACAUGUGGAAAUCACAUGGAUUUUGACGCCAGCAUAGUUGACCAAAUUUAUCACCAAGAAGUUCAGGGUGCAAAAUUCAUGAUUCGCCGGAUCAUGAUGCUUGAGUUUAGCCAGUAUCUGGAAAAUUACUUGUGGCCAAACUACAAACCCGAUAAUUCCUCUGCGUCACAUGUGUUAUCAAUAGUAAUCAUGGUUAAUGAAAAAUUCAGAGAACGUGUAUCAGCAUGGCAGAUUUUCCAAAAACUUCCAGAAAAUUUUCCGAGCCUUUUUAAACAACUGAUGGAAAUGUCCCUUGAUGAAAAAUGGGGACUUAGUUUUAAGGAACGAACCAUGAUCCUCAUCUUUUUUAACCAUUGUUUCAAUAGCCUUGAAAUUGAUCUGAUCCGUGAUCAAGUUCAGAAAUUGGUCUCAUUGUCUAUUUGGACUUGUUUACCAGAGGGAAGAAGAGAACAAGAACUCAAUGCUUUUCCUAAACUCAGAAAGUUUUGGAAAGUUAUUCAGAAAAAAGACUCCAAAGAGAAUGAGGAUUCCAAAGCUAAAGCUGAUUUUGAGCGAAGAUUCCUUCAGCGUUUGAUGCACAAAUUUCUCUCCCUUUUAGCUACUAUUCCGUUAGAAGGAGACAUCGACGUAGAAGCAGUUCACUAUUGCGAACGUUUUUUGGAGUUACUGAUUGACUUAGAGGCUUUACUGCCCACUCGCCGCUUCUUCAAUGUCGUCAUGGACGAUUGCCAUCUGGUCACGCGUUGCCACCUGUCAAUGUUGAAUCAACGAACUGAAGGGAAACUUUUCUCGCAGUUGUUGGACAUGCUCAAAUUCUACGCCCGUUUUGAAAUCAAUGAUCAAACCGGCGAUCCGUUGACGGACCACGACAUGAUGCAACUCCACUAUGAUCGCAUCACAGCACUCCAGAAGGCCGUGUUUGUCAAAUACUCUGAAUUGAGGCGGUUUGCGCUGACCAACGUGGCCAGCAUCAAUACCCGUGAAGCGCUCACCAAGCAUUUCGAAAGCCUUAGUACGACGGUAUUGCAAGAUAUCGCGGCUUACCUCAAGCUAUUGCCACCCCCAGACAAUUCGGAUAAUGAUGAGAAAAACAAACAUUUCCUUAUGGAGCUCUUGAUAUCCCGUCAUGAAAGGCGCGCUUCCCAACUGGAGGCACUCAAUGAAAUGCCGUUGUACCCUACUGAGGAUAUCAUCUGGAACGAAAACAUCGUGCCGACUGAAUACUUUUCCGGCGAGGGCUGUCUCGCUUUGCCCAAACUCAACUUGCAAUUCUUGACGCUACACGAUUACCUGCUGCGUAACUUCAACCUGUUUCGACUGGAGUCGACCUAUGAAAUCCGACAAGACAUCGAGGACUCUGUUUUCCGCAUGAAGCCGUGGAAAGGUGAGGACGGAAACGUGGUGUUUGGCGGAUGGGCCAGGAUGGCUCAGCCCAUCACUGCCUUCUCCGUGGUCGAAGUAGGGAAACCGAAUAUCGGUGAAAAACAGCCUUCACGCGUUCGCGCCGAUGUCUCGGUCAUCCUCGACGUCCGUAACGAUGUCAAGUCCGAAUGGGAGAACUUGCGCAAACAUGAUGCGUGCUUUCUUCUCACUGUCCGGCCACCUGGCCCACCCGGAACACACUUUAACUUCAGAGAACCAUUCGUUCCGCAAGUUGGAUUAGUCUACGUCCGAGGCUGUGAGAUCGAAGGUAUGUUGGAUCACCUUGGAAGAAUUAUUGAAGAAGGACCAGAUCCCAGACCGAAAAUUCCAGGAGGACAGAGAACCUUCCGCGUUUGGUUGGACUGCAAUCAAUACAAGAUGGACAUGGAUCGCGUCUCGCAAAACGGGGAGGACGUUUACGAUUCAUUCAACAUCUUGAUGCGACGUAAACCAAAGGAGAAUAACUUCAAAGCAGUGCUGGAAACAAUCCGAGACUUGAUGAACACGGAUUGCGUUGUCCCCGAAUGGCUUCACGACAUCAUUCUCGGCUACGGCGACCCAGGAGCGGCUCACUACUCCAAAAUGCCCAAUCAAAUUCCAGCAUUGGAUUUCAACGACACAUUCUUGGACUAUGCCCAUCUGAAGGAAAGCUUUCCAGAACACGAAAUCCGCACUAAUGAAGAGGACGGAAAAGAGAAAGAAGGGCGAGACGGUUCGACGAAAUUGGCCCCACCGUUCCGGUUAACUUUCAAUCUACAAGGAAAAGAUAUUUUAGUUGAACCUCAUGUUAUGCCCAGCCGCGGCCCUUACCCGUUUAAUGAGCCCAAGAAGAAUGCCGUGCGUUUCACGCCGACCCAAAUCGAAGCCAUCCGUUCUGGUAUGCAGCCCGGUUUGACAAUGGUGGUCGGUCCGCCUGGUACGGGUAAAACGGACGUUGCAGUCCAAAUUAUCUCCAACAUUUAUCACAACUUUCCCGAACAGCGGACCCUUAUCGUCACUCACUCGAAUAUGGCUCUCAAUCAAUUGUUCGAAAAGAUCAUGGCUCUAGACAUCGACGAGCGUCAUUUGCUCCGUAUGGGUCACGGUGAAGAGGAGCUCGAAACGGAAAAGGACUUUAGCCGAUACGGUCGAGUGAAUUACGUGUUGGGCAAGCGCUUGGAGCUGUUGGAUCAUGUUCAGCGAUUGCAGCAAUCCCUCGGAGUGGCCGGUGACGUGGCCUACACAUGCGAAACAGCUGGCCACUUCUUCCGCCUCCACAUUUUAGCUCGCUGGGAAGAAUACCUGGCCCGAGUUCGGAGCGACAAGAGCAGCGGAGUCACAAUCGAAGAUGUCGGUCGCCUUUUCCCGUUCGCCAAAUUCUUUGAAGAUGCACCUCAACCCAUUUUCAAGGGUCGCAGCUACGUCGAGGACAUGGAAAUCGCCGAUGGCUGCUGGCGCUACAUUCGGAAGAUUUUCAGUCAACUGGAAGAGUUCCGUGCUUUCGAGCUAUUGCGAAGCGGACUUGAUCGAUCGCGAUACCUGCUGGUCCGUGAGGCCAAGAUUAUAGCCAUGACCUGUACGCACGCGGCCCUCAAGCGCAGGGAGCUGGUGGAGCUCGGCUUCAAGUACGAUAACAUCUUGAUGGAAGAAGCGGCCCAGAUCCUGGAGAUUGAGACUUUCAUUCCAUUGUUGCUGCAGACGCCACAGGACGGCUUCAACCGUCUCAAGCGCUGGAUCAUGAUUGGUGACCACCAUCAGCUCCCACCCGUCAUUAAAAAUAUGGCCUUCCAAAAGUAUUCCAAUAUGGAACAGUCGCUCUUUACCCGCGUUGUUCGCUUGGGAGUGCCCACUGUCGAUCUGGACGCACAGGGACGUGCUAGACCGAGCCUAUGCUCCCUGUACCAGUGGCGCUACAAGAAGCUAGGCAACCUGGAACACGUCAUCAGUGGACCCGAGCACCGGGUGGCUAACGCCGGAUUUGUCUACGAUUUCCAGCUGAUCAACGUUGAAGAUUUCCAGGGCAUUGGAGAAUCGGAACCGAAUCCCUACUUUUUCCAGAACUUGGCCGAGGCCGAAUAUGUCGUGGCCGUUUUCAUGUACAUGCGGCUCUUGGGCUACCCGGCCGAAAAGAUCUCUAUCCUGACAACUUACAAUGGACAGAAACAUCUGAUCCGCGACGUCGUCAACACUCGCUGCGCCAACAACCCGCUCAUAGGCCGGCCCAGCAAGAUCGACACGGUCGACAAGUAUCAGGGUCAACAAAACGAUUACAUUCUCCUGUCGCUUGUGAGAACCCGAGCGGUCGGUCAUUUACGUGACGUCCGCCGUUUGGUUGUGGCCACAUCCCGUGCCCGUCUUGGUCUCUACGUCUUCGCCAGAACGUCAUUGUUCGCCAACUGUUUCGAACUGACGCCAACCUUCCGGUCGCUCUUGCAACGACCCACUGACCUGAGACUUCUGCCCGUAGAGACCUACCGGACAGAGCGGCUCUCCACUCAGGAGCCAGAUGCGGAUGCUACCCUGGUGAUCAACGAUAUGCCGCAGAUGGCAACGUUUGUCUACGACUUGUACCGCAAAAAAGUCGAGGCCAUCGCCAAAGAUCCAAACGCGGAGAAGCCCUGGGCUAAGCCGAUCGAGCCCAUGCAGGAGGAUGUGAAGCAGCCGGCAGCGGAGGAAUCGGAUUCCGACUCGUCGGAAGCGGAAGUGGAAGAGGUCAGGAUCAUCAAUGAAAUCGAAGAAGAAGAAGCCCCUGGGCAAGAAAUGCGACAGGAAUCUGUCAAAAAGACGAAGAAGGACGAAGAAGUCGAAAAAAAAGAAGAAGAAGAAAAAGAAGAGACGGCAGCGGUGGCAUCCACGUAGGAGGGUCAAGACUCUUUAAGGAAAUGACUUUGAAGAGGAGGGGCGAGAGUAAAAAUGGAAGGAAUAAACGAUCAAUACAUUCA